UAUGAAACUAGUGAUUGACAGGAGAUGACGCGCGGAUCUCUGAGUGCAGCGGCGCCCGCGGGCAAAGUCAAACUCACCCAUCCUGGAAAAGCCAUCCUGGCAGGUGGCAUCGCGGGCGGCAUUGAAAUCUGCAUCACUUUUCCUACAGAGUAUGUGAAGACUCAACUACAGUUAGAUGAGAAAGCCAACCCUCCCCGCUACAGAGGCAUCAUGGACUGUGUAUCACAGACUGUUCGUCAUCACGGAGGGAAGGGUUUAUAUAGAGGCCUCAGCUCAUUACUGUACGGUUCCAUACCUAAAUCUGCUGUCAGGUUUGGUGUGUUUGAAAUAUUGAGUAAUCAGAUGAAAGAUGAGUCAGGGAAAUUAGACAGCAGUCGUGGUUUAGUAUGCGGUUUAGGUGCAGGUGUCAUGGAGGCGGUUCUGAUCGUCUGUCCCAUGGAGACCGUAAAGGUGAAAUUCAUCCAUGAUCAAACCUCAGCCAAUCCCAAAUAUCAAGGAUUUUUUCAUGGAGUGCGAGAGAUUGUCAGAACACAAGGAAUCAGGGGGACGUAUCAAGGCAUUACAGCGACUGUCCUUAAACAAGGAUCCAAUCAGGCGAUCCGAUUCUUUGUCAUGACAUCUCUCAGGAACUGGUACAAAGGUGAUAACCCCAACAAGUCCAUCAACCCCUUCAUAACAGGUACGUUCGGUGCAAUCGCUGGGGCAGCUAGUGUGUUUGGAAACACGCCUCUGGACGUCAUCAAGACCAGAAUGCAGGGUUUGGAAGCUCACAAGUAUAAAAACACCAUGGACUGCGCCGUUAAGAUCAUGAGACAUGAAGGACCAGCUGCGUUCUACAAGGGCACGGUCCCUCGUCUGGGGAGAGUGUGUUUGGACGUGGCCAUCGUCUUUAUCAUCUAUGAGGAGGUGGUGAAGGUCCUGAACAAAGCCUGGAAGACAGAGUGAAAAAAUGAAGACAAAAAGAGAGAUUACAUGAGACGCAAUCACUGUGUGAAAAAUACAUCAAGUUUCAAUAGCAGUACCGAAUGCAGGCCUCAGUUUGCACACAUUUAGCUUUUGGAUCUGUCACAGUCAGCUGUUUACUUUUAUUUCUGUUUAAUUUUAUUAGUUUUUUGCCAGCAUCUCUUCUUAUUAGUGCUUCCUUGAAAUAUGCACAUAAUAAUAAUAAUAAUAAUAAUAAUAUAUUUUUAUUUCUUACAGAGGCUCUAAAUCAUAGCUCUAAAAUAUAUAGAUGGUAACUUGUAAGCGAUUUACGAGUGCCAAAUUUAAUAGCUAAAUUAUAAAAAUUACAGGUUUACAGACAUUUGUACAUACACAAAAGACAAAAAGUAUAUAUAGAAAACUGUACAAAAAAAAAAAAUAGUGUAUUUAAUGUUAGAAUGAAUGUUAUAACUUGUCCAGACCGACAAAAUCUUGAAAGUCUUGAAAUUCUUGAGGAGUAUAUGGAUAUUUAGGGUGUACAUUUGUACAUAUAAAGAGAAAUUGAACCUACUGAUCAUUCCAUAUUAUGAUGGUAGUAUCCAUUUUUUAUGCCUGUUGUUUUUAUCUAACGUAUACAUUUAAAAAAAAAUGUAAGCCUUUUUUAUUAAUAUUAAUUUACAUUUAUUUUAUAUUUAUUUCCUGUUAUUUUGCACAUGUGCCUUUUAACCAUUAAACCCUCAGAUUUUUAUUUUUUUAUUUUUUUAGAAUGAACUUACAUUUAUAAUAAUUGUAUCGCCAGUCUGGACAGAUUUCAUGCUUCAUUGUUGAUGUUUUGAUGUAUUUGUGAGUUGGUGCAUUUGUCCCAUAGUUUGUGCCAUACUGUAUGUACAGUAUGAUGUUGACUUUUUUCUUUGUAGAUCUGAAUGGAAGCUUCCUAGUACUAAACAAUGUGCUAAUAUAUAUAUAUAUAUAUAUAUAUAUAUAUAUAUAUAUUCAUAACAUGGUUAAAUAAGCUGUCUUUAGUGUUAUUUUGUGUAAUGUAAUAUAAGUACAGUUGCUGGAAAAUGUAUGUGAGUCCUUUGGAUUUAGCUAAAUAAAUCUGCAUAAAUUGCUCA